CGGCGCAACUUUUCAACUGAUCGCAAUCAACAAACAACGUAACAACAACAACUAGGACGAUAGUACAUCAGCUGUGGAAAAAACGGAUAUAACAUCGUCGAAAAACAAGUUCACCGCAGAGCCCAGCUAUUACAGUCAUAGUACGUAUUAUAAGGAUCGUCGAAAGCAGCGAAACAAUUCAAGCUCUCUCCGCGGCGUUUUAUUAAUAGAACCCCCUUCGAGCCUCGGCAGGAAAAGAAAAGCUCGAGUCGAAGCCCAGAAUACACACACACACACACACACGCACAUAGUGAGAGAGCGAGUGGUGGCGGCGGCAAUCGAUUACGAGCGGUAUAACGUCGAAUCGCAUGCCUCGGUAGAAUAAAGUUAAUUAAGGAAUAUCCUAUGUACUGGCACUACGGAGAGCGGAGAGCCCCUUUUCUCGUCGUGUUCUUUUCUGCGGCGUGCAUUAGGCUUGCUAACGCGAUUAAAAAUUGAAAUUCGCGCGGCUCUGCUUGCAUUUCCUAUUUAGGAUGUAUAAUCUGUUGAAUUUUCACUUCGGCAUGUAGAAGAGAAGUCGCCCAGGCUAGAUGCACGUGUGGGAAAAUCUGCAAAAGUUGCAGCUGGAGAGCCUUUCCUAUAUUUGGAAAGUUUCCUUUUCCAGGAGGUCUCACAGCGCACACGUGGUCGUGGCGUGUGGCUAAUGCUUCUGCUGCUACAACGAGGCUCGACUAGUUUUACGUAUUAUUUACAGACGUUUUCUCGUGUGUCCGUUUCUUUCGAAAUUGUUUUCGAUGCAAAUAUACGAAAGAAAAAAGCUCCUCCACUUUACUCCCCUCGACUUUAUCAUCGUUCACAUGCCGCAAUUUUCUCCACAUACCACAGAUCUCGAACACAAUUAAUAGCACACCGAUUAAUCCCCCGCAAAAUAUAUCGGAACUCUCGACUCACCGGCAAUUACGCAAAUUGCGCGCGGCACAGUAGAGAGAGAGAGAGAGACAGAGAGAGAGAGAAAAGUACGCCGAGUUUUAAUUAAAAGUGCAGUCUUGCAACGCGUACAUGUGUGUGUGUCGCGGAUUCACCUGAUACACACGCAUAAUUUUGCAUAUUUCAUAUGCGUGUGUAUACGAUCGUGACUCGGCGCUAUCUUUAAAUUGCUAAUGGGACGCUGCGCGCGACGAAGACACUCUUCGCCGUGGAGGUGUAUUAGUAACGUUGUGAAGAAAUUUAUAAUAGUAAUUUUACAGGACGACGUUGAGGCAAUUGUUGCUGCUGAUUAUCGUCGAGUGGAAUCCACGUUGUAGGAAUACAAUGAAAUUGCGCGAUUUAGUGGAUGAUAUUGUCUGUACUCGCGUACGUGCAUUGAUAAUUGGAAGCCGGUCUAAAAAUUGUACACGUGCGCGGUAAUGAAUAUUAACGGGAUGAGCCUUGAUUUGCGGAUUAAUUUAUGCCGCGAGUUCGACUACAUUAUGCGCGAAAUUCUGGUUAUUAUGCUCUACGUCGUUGUUAACAAAGUCGUAAGUUCGAAUAUUGCAACAUCGAGAUGAAUGUCAAACGGCGCCAUAAUCAACAAUUCCGACGUAUAAAAAGAUACGCUUGAUUCAUUCGACCAAUACUUCAGGAAGUAUAAGCGCAGGUAUUCACUUCGCACACGAUCAUGCCUAAAUGGUGAUUAAUAAAAUAAACGCGUGUAUUCGUGACGCGCCGUCGGGAAUAGAAUCGGCUCUUAACGACCGAUAAAUCAAUUUCCGCGAUAUCUUCGCUUCUCAGAGAAUUUUUUUUCACUAAACGCGUCAGACUAGUGGACAGCUAUUUCGCGGCUAACGCUCUAAUGUACAGCUCUAUUCGAGUCCGUUUUAACAGCCUCUGAGCGACUCGCGUGUGAAACGGGCGAUAAAUCCUACAAACUUAACGUUCUAAUCGAUACCUCGCUGUGCGCAAGCUUCGCGAAAAAAUCAUUUCGUUAAGGGUCGAGGAUGAAAAUCGAGAUAAAUUUUCCAAAGCAAGAAUAUAAUGUACGGACGCAGGUGCACAUCUCCGGUCGGGAAACUAAACCCUCUGGAUUCCAGUCGCAUAUCCCGCUAUGCCUCGCAUCCUGUCGCAGAGCGGCAUUAGCAUCGAAACGAGAAUUCGGGAAAAAGCUUCUCUCUCUCUCUCUCUCCGGAGCCAUAAAUUAAUCCGCGCGCGAGCGAGCGUUUACCCUUUAAGAGAGAGAGAGAGAGAGAGAGAGGGGUCAGUGUCACGUGCGCCGAGUUCGUUGACUGCUUCGCCUCUCGCGUAUAUAAGUAUAUACUCAUACACUCAGCUCACUUUCUCUCCUUCGCGUGGUAUGCGUUAGCCGCAGCCCCGACCGAUUGGUCCACCCCUCGUCGUCGGAUUGCUUGCAAUUUUUUCUAGUCUUGAUUUGAAAAUCGCGCGGAUUUUCGAAUAAACGUUCGAGAGCCGUCCCUUCUUUCUUUAUGUUUCUCGCUGAGAUGUAACGGUUAAUCGAUAUAACCGGUAUGGUGCAUUAACUGUUAAUUCGAGUCUCCUCGAGUCGUUUACCUCCGAUGCAGCGCCGAACAUUCCUGAGAGAGCUUGCAUAAGGAAGACGAAUUUUCGUCUCGAAAUGGAGGAAAAACUUGCAGGCCAGGCUUCACACACACACACACACACGCGCGCGCGCGCGUGAAUAUGCAUAUCGGAGGUCGAAGGCCAGUGUAGCUACAUAUUCAUCGGCGACUCUGCAUCGGUAUACAGCGUUGUCACACUGACUUCCGCUGCUCUCCUUCGCUGCACUGCGCAGCCUCGAUUUCGACUAUACGCAUAGUUUAUCGGGUGCUUUAACUUACAUAGCAUACGUAUAGAGAGGAACAAACGUACUAGGCCAACAGGUAGGUGUAUAGAGUUAUCGGUUAUCGGCCCUUCGAGAGAGCCGCGCAGCCAAUCAAUUUUUCCCGCUUAUUACCGUGCUUGUAAUAGUAAUGAGAGGUUGCGGAGCACCGCCGCGAGUCGUCGCCGUUUUACGGCCAACUGCGAUACAUUGUAAUCAACGAAUCGGAACAAAAAAAAAUUAUGUAACAGACAUUUCUCAAAAAAUCCCGGCCAAUUAAAUCCGUCGACGCGACGAGCUUAGCUCGCACAAGACAAUACCUCCUCGUCGUCAGCGGCGACACGCGACGGAGGAGAAGAAAAAACACGCGAGACGGUCGAUAUCUUUGUGUGUAUACGCGAUGGCGUGAUGUCUGUCGCGUCGCCGCUGCUGAUGUCUGUGCGCGGACGAGAAAAGAGCGAGCAAACAGCGACGACGAGGAGGAGGAGGACGACGGAGAAAGAGGGGAGUUUACCUGCGGGAGUCGAGUUACCCGAGUGUGUUUGUCUUAAGGGUGGUGGGUAUGACUUUUUAUUCAGCUUUGGAGUUGGGAGGGUGCGUGGGUGGAUUUUUUUCUCGAAUUAAAAUUGAAUAUCGAUGCAUCGCGUCAGCAAGAAGCUGUCUCUCUCUCUCUCUCUCUCUCUCUCUCUCUCUCUCUCUCUCUGGGAAAAGCCUGAGUAUCGACGAGUCAACCGGAGGGUUAUCAGUCGGAGCGAGCUUGAGAGAGGGGUUCGCUCCACGGGUCAGCGGCGUCAAGCGCGUAAACAGCCUAUCUGCUCUCCUAUACUCGCUCUCGUUCUCGCAGAGCCGCGGCCAAAUUAACGACUCGAUAGUAGCUGCCGGAGCUUUACGUAAGAACGAUGGUUUGUUGCUAGGGGGUAUUCCGAUGGUUCCUUUUUAGGAGAAUCGACAAAUGAUCCGAAUUCCGAGAGAUGCAAAUUGCAGCGUAUUAUAACCAACAACUCAUCGGGGAAGGUAAAAAAUGUGCAGCGGCUCUUAUAAAGCACAUCCUCGACAUUUUCAUUACUCCUCUCGGCGUUUCUCCCUUUCUCCUUCGCCGAACGCGAGUAAUUAAACGAACCGAGAGCCAUCUCACUAAAUCAGCCGACAACGCGGCUCUCUCUCUCUCUCUCUCGUAUACACUCGAAAUGUAUACUCGUAUCAGUAGCCGCUGCGAUGCACUUCUGUACAUCGAGUGAUGUGCGCGUGUUUCUUUUCUUUUUUUUUUUUGCUCAUCUUCGUUAUCGACUCGCCGCGACGAGCAAACGUUAUAUAUUACACGCGCGACCUUUUUUUCGGUCGAUAAUACUUAUAAUAUGUAGGGCGAGCGUAUGCAUGUGUGUUUCUUUUCCUCGUCAGGGCGAUAGGCCUUUAUCAGAUGUAGGAAUUUCAGUCGAACGUCUCGGCGAUAGGAGCUGCGUGAGAAACGAUAAGCGGUCGGUAUAUUGGGAAAAGUGCUGGUUCGAUGAAUUUUUCUUUUCACGGCGUAGAUGAAGGAGAUUUUUUUUUUAAUUUUACGAGGACUCGGUUUGGAUAAGAUUGUGAAAGAGAGCCGAGAGACGUCGACGCCUGAAGAGACCACCCACAGUCGCAGCCUCGCCAUUUUCCCUCGAAUCCGCAAUGUCGGUCCAGAGUUAGGGGCUGGAUGCUGGCUUGGUUGUUGGGGGAGGCGUCGUCCCGAGAUGUAAGCUCGGGGGUGGCUCUGACUUUCCCCGCUCGCGCUUUUACUCUAGCCUGUAUGGUCGACACCGAGACGUAUGUACACCACACCCACUGGGGAUGACGAUGGCGAUUUCCGUUUUAUUUAGUAAAAUUAAUUUUGACAGCUCCUUUUUUUUACGCAAGGUUUUUAAAGAUUAUCGAUUUUUCUACUAAGGACGUAUCGUAAAAUGUGUGCAGUGAAAAAAUGUCCCGAUCAUUAAAUUUUCCAAUGCCAAAUGUGCAGGAGUCAAUCGAUUCGGAUAUCGUAGUAUACAGUGUUAUAUACUUCGUUAUUUAAGUGACCUUUGCACAUUGCAAAAUUAAGCUAGCCAGUUAUUCAAAAUUGAAUGAGAGAAGAGUACGUCUUAAGCUGUCUAAGCCUGUUUCAUGAAAGCUAUCUCGAAUAAAAAUUGAAUUUCGCUUCAUUUUGUUAAAUAAUGAAAAUAACGUACUGUCCUAAAUUUUUAUUUAAUUUCUUUCUUUUUUAUUUGUUCGAACAUCGCUUUGUACCAAAAGUUUCAGCUACUACAGCUAAAUCUCAUUUUCACCUGUCGUUCAAAAAUGAGCAACUCAUGUUGGUAAGGGUAUUUAUUUAAUUAUUAAUCUUAUGUGGCAUGUUAUUAUUAAAAUAUCUGAAUUAACUGAUUCGAAGGAAAAGCUUCUUGAUACAUGUGUCCGUAAGAUAUGGGAUAACAAUGUUCUCCUCGUCGUUGAAAAUGCAGAUCACUGUCCAACUUCUAAAUGCUCAUUUUCAAGGCAUAUUCCGAUACAUUUAUUCCAAAUUAAUGCUAACUUUGACUCUCGAAGAGGAUUCCGAGAAUCGUACCUGUCAAACGAAACUCAAAUCGCUAAGUAUCAUAAACCGACUACUUGUGCAUUAAUAAUUGCAUCAAAUAUUACAGAAUUUACAAAAUUAAUGCUCAAAAUAAAGAACUCGAUUUGGUGGCAAAACGAAGCAUACUUUGUCAUUGUCAACAUUGAUUACCUUGAUACUUGUCAAUUGGCAUAUGCAUUUUUAAAACAAGCCUGGAAGUUUAAUAUCCUUUCUGUUUUGUACAUCUGCAAAAAUGCAAACGACCAAGAAGUUGCAUACACGUUUAACCCGUACGCUGAAGUAGCUCCAAAAUUAUGGACCAAAAUAGAUCUGCAUAGCAAGACCUCGGACUCUAAUUGGUCAUUAUUUCAACUUACUGUUGAUACGAUUCUGACGUCAUCCAAGCAUGGCAGACUCGAGUGCAACAACUUAUUCUUCGACAAAAGUAAAAACCUGCAUGGCACAAAUCUAAAGGUGGCUCUAAAAAGAACAAGUAUUACAAACCAUUACAAUUCAACGAUGAGUGGUUACAAGCGUUUCACUUCGCCUGGCUUCUCAUUAAUAGCCAGUGUUUUGCAUCGCAUGAACGCAACCGUUACAGUCAAAUUUUCGGACACUCAUGGCUUCAUAAGCCCUUUUGGUGAACCCCAAAGUUUAUUAAACGAUUUGAUAUCGGGCACAGUCUUAUUGAUUAUGAAUAUACGUUUUCUUCGACACUAUUGGAAUUUUCAAGUUCAUUCGUUUCACGCAGAGACAGUAGCCAUUGUAUCGUUAAAGAAGCAAAUCACUCUGUUCGAAAAACUAGGAAACGUCGGUUUAAACUUUUUUAUAUACUUGUUCAUCUCGAGUUUAGCCUUUACCGUGAGCUUGAAGUACAUCCUCGAGCAGUCCAUAUCUCUGGCUGCUUUGAACUACCUGCGAAUAUGCCUGGGCAUUUCAUAUGCAACUGUGCCUCGACAUGCAGUCAAAAGAAUACUUCUGAUUUUGUUGAUAAUCUUCGCGUUUGUAUUCAAUUCUUGCCUGCUCAGUUUACUCACUGCUUUGGAAAGUUCUAGUAACAGAGUACCAGUGAUAGAUUCGUACGAGGAUUUAAUAAAGUCAAAUUCGGUUAUUUACGGCGUGGAUAGCCUUAAAGAAUUGAUAUGGCAAAAAGAUGUUCGAGAUCGUUUUCGAGCAGUGAAAGAAACGGGAAACUGCUUCGAUCGCCUUUUGAAAGGUGAUAGUUCUAUAGCUUGUGCCGGUUCGCGAUUUCAUAUAGGAUACUUUGGAAGCGAAAGUGAGCUUUUUCACGUAUCGAAGCUUAAUUUAGUUAAUAGUGGUCACUCUUACUUGAUAGCAGAGGAUUCUCCCCUCUUCUCGAAAAUACAGUGGCUCUUGCUUAAGAUGAGUGAAGGGGGUUUCGUUGACCUAAUGUUUACUCGCGAGGCUUGUUACCGUCACUUUCGAUAUUCCGAAAAUUACACAGUAGAAAGUGUUGGGCUUGAAAAUUUGCAUCACGUUUUUACGAUUUUGAUUGGAUGUUGGGUAUUUGCAAUUCUCGUGCUAUGUCUUGAAAUCGUCGUUUUUAAACUCAAAUUUUUAUCGAGCAAUGCAAAUGGUGUUGAUUCACACAUUUGAAAUAGUUAUCGAUUAGCGAAAAAGAAGAUUAGUAUAUAAAGGUUGCCGCAUCAGUGUGUAUUACAUAAAUCCAUAUGAAAAUUAAGUUGAAAAAGUUGAUUGUGCUAUUCUUGCGUUUCAAUAGCUCUUGAGAUACUAUGUAUACCGCUUUCAAUGUGUACAAUAAAAUUAGCCCGUAUCGCUUUAUUAUUAUUAUUAUUACCACCCAAACCCUUACGGUAUCCAUUCUCCGACAAAUUAUCAGGAAAUAUACACGCACGACUCGACUCGAUCGGGAGCAGUUUCUUCAGCAGACCACCGUUAGCGCACUUUUUGGCUUCGAUUUUCUUAAUAUACUGCGAGCCUCGAACUUGUCGUGCAAAUUACCUGCAGGAGAAGGUAGAAAGAGAUGGCAAACGUCCUGGUAAGAUACACUGAUGCUUCUUCGGAUCCAUCCAUAGAAUCAUGUCGCUUGACAGUCGUGAAUCUGGAUGGAGGAUGUGCUCGAUGUACAGGAUCGAAUCAACGUAAAAACGAGGCGUAAGUUAGCACGUUGAAUUAAUUUAACCAACUAA